GUUCUAUUCCCCCUCUACAAACCAAAGCCUCCAUUUCUGCAACUUCAAACGAUUUCUAAGAACUUGAAAAUCCAAGCUUAGUGCAACAACAAGGCUCUAUCUAUCUAUCUCUGUCUCUACACAUUCCACAAUCAUGUCGAUAACCAGGGCAGCAUCCAAGGCAAGGCUCACAAGGUUAGCUUUAACAUCACUCAGAGCUUCAGUUCGAUCACAAUCUCGCCGCACCAUCUUCGGUGCCAGCGAGAUUCCAUCGCGUUUAUUUGGUCAGAACAGCCUUACAAGACCAACCCAUAAUCGAAUCGCCGGUAUUAGAGAUUUAAACUGUUCCCUAUCCAAUUAUGCUUCAUCAAACAAAGGAUUCAACUUUCAUCGUUCUUUCUCUACAGACACCAGUUCUAGUCAGAUCAAUAACUCCGAUUUCACUGAGAUGGCUUGGGAGGGAAUUGUUGGAGCAGUAGAUGCAGCUCGGGUUAGCAAACAACAAGUGGUGGAAACGGAGCAUUUAGUGAAAGCGCUCUUGGAGCAAAAAGAUGGUCUGGGUCGAAGAAUUUUUACAAAAGCUGGUCUUGAUAACACAUCUGUUUUACAAGCAACAGAGGAUUAUAUAGCUCAGCAACCCAAGAUUGGUGGUGACACUAGUGGCCCUAUAGUAGGAUCACAUUUGAAGUCCCUCUUGGAAAAUGCUAGGGUUCUUAAGAAAGAAAUGGGAGAUUCCUUUGUCUCUGUUGAACAUUUAGUACUAGCAUUGCUUAAAGACAGGAGAUUUGGGCAGAAGUUGUUGAAAGACCUUCAAAUUAGCGAGAAAACUCUAAAGGAAGCUGUUCAAGCUGUUCGUGGAACUCAGAGAGUCACUGACCAAAAUCCUGAAGGGAAGUAUGAGGCUCUUGAAAAAUAUGGUAAUGAUUUGACUGAGCUUGCUAGGCGAGGGAAACUUGAUCCGGUUAUAGGCAGAGAUGAUGAAAUUCGAAGGUGCAUUCAGAUUCUAUCACGCAGGACGAAGAAUAACCCUGUCAUUAUUGGUGAGCCUGGAGUUGGGAAAACUGCAAUAGCAGAAGGAUUAGCCCAAAGAAUUGUUCGGGGAGAUGUUCCUGAACCCUUACUGAAUCGGAAGUUGAUCUCCCUGGAUAUGGGUUCAUUACUUGCUGGUGCAAAAUUUAGAGGUGAUUUUGAGGAGAGGUUAAAAGCUGUACUUAAAGAAGUCACGGCUUCAAAUGGGCAAUUUAUUUUAUUCAUCGAUGAGAUUCAUACAGUCGUUGGAGCUGGUGCUACUGGUGGAGCAAUGGAUGCAGGAAACUUAUUGAAGCCAAUGCUAGGUCGUGGUGAACUUCGAUGCAUUGGAGCUACCACAUUAACCGAAUAUAGGAAAUACAUUGAAAAGGAUCCUGCUUUAGAACGUAGAUUUCAACAGGUUUUCUGUGGACAGCCAUCUGUAGGAGAUACCAUCUCCAUUCUUCGAGGACUGCGUGAACGCUAUGAGCUUCAUCAUGGUGUUAAAAUAUCAGACAGUGCACUUGUUUCAGCCGCAGUCCUUGCAGAUCGAUAUAUAACUGAGCGGUUCCUGCCCGACAAAGCCAUUGAUCUAGUAGAUGAAGCUGCAGCAAAGCUGAAAAUGGAGAUCACUUCAAAACCCACCGAGUUAGAUGAGAUUGAUAGAGCCGUCCUAAAGUUAGAAAUGGAAAAACUCUCUCUGAAAAAAGACACAGACAAAGCUUCAAAAGAAAGGUUAACAAAAUUGGAGGCCGAUCUCGACUCACUCAAACAAAAGCAAAACGAGUUAAAUGAGCAAUGGGGACGUGAAAAAGUUCUUAUGAACAGAAUCCGUUCUAUCAAAGAAGAGAUUGAUAGAGUAAAUCUUGAAAUGGAAGCAGCCGAGCGUGAGUACGACUUGAACCGCGCAGCAGAACUCAAAUACGGAACAAUGAUAUCGCUCCAGCGUCAGCUGGAUGAAUCCGAGAAUAACCUGACUGAAUACCGCAACUCCGGAGGAUCGUUACUCCGUGAGCUGGUUACGGAUAUAGAUAUUACUGAAAUUGUAAGUAAAUGGACGGGGAUACCCUUAUCGAAUCUUCAGCAGUCGGAGAGGGAUAAACUCGUCAUGUUGGAACAAGUUCUCCACAAAAGAGUUGUUGGGCAGGACAUGGCAGUUAAAUCAGUUGCGGAUGCCAUCCGACGGUCUAGAGCAGGUCUGUCUGAUCCUAACCGUCCAAUCGCGAGCUUCAUGUUCAUGGGUCCCACUGGUGUUGGAAAAACAGAACUCGCAAAGGCCCUGGCCGGAUACCUCUUCAACACAGAAAAUGCUUUAGUUAGGAUCGAUAUGAGCGAGUAUAUGGAAAAACAUGCGGUUUCUCGAUUGGUGGGGGCUCCGCCCGGGUACGUAGGUUAUGAGGAAGGCGGGCAGUUGACCGAAGUUGUCAGACGGAGGCCUUAUUGUGUUGUGUUAUUCGAUGAGAUCGAGAAGGCACAUCAUGAUGUGUUUAAUAUCUUGUUGCAAUUAUUGGAUGAUGGGAGGAUAACCGAUUCUCAAGGAAGGACGGUUAGCUUUACGAAUUGUGUUGUCAUUAUGACGUCGAAUAUCGGUUCUCAUCAUAUACUUGAUACUCUUCGAACCAAACACGAAAGUAAGGAGGCGGUUUACGAUCUAAUGAAAACACAGGUAGUUGAGCUGGCCAGACAGACUUUCCGGCCUGAGUUCAUGAACCGAAUCGACGAAUAUAUCGUCUUUCAACCUCUCGACACGAGCGAAAUCAGCAAGAUCGUUGAGAUUCAGUUAAAUCGGCUAAAGGAAAGACUCGAACAAAGGAAGAUCGAUCUACAAUACACUCCGGAAGCAAUAGAACUACUGGGAAAACUAGGGUUCGAACCAAACUUUGGUGCAAGGCCAGUUAAGAGAGUUAUCCAACAGUUAGUUGAAAACGAAAUAGCUAAAGGGAUCUUGAAAGGAGAUUUCAAUGAAGACGACUCUAUCAUUAUUGAUGCAGACAAUUCACCGUCUUCUUCGAAAAACCGACUUAUUAUCAAGAAAUUGAAUGGAAACAGUUUUGCAAUGGAUCCUCCUAUUGCUGCCAGCAGUUAACACUAAAAUUGCAACAAAAAUGGUGUUUUGGUAAAUAAAGGGUUUUGUAGUAGGAUUGAUUACUUUGAAGUAAUAGAAAAAAUAAGUUUUUGUCAUCAUGUGUGAAAUUUGCAAAGUCUAAGAUUCAAUGGAUAUUUGUAGUGAAGACAACUGGAAUGGGCCAUUAUAUCCAAAUCAUGUUUUGUUUAUGUCAUAUGUAUUAUUCACGUAUUACAUUA